CGUUUUCUAUCGAGGAUUCCUACGACAUGCCGGCACCUGUAUGGACGGCGCUGAUCGUCAUCAUUCUCGCAUGCUUCUACUUGUGGAGACGGAAGCGGUUUUCAUUGUUCAUGGACAUUGGAAUACCCGGACCCAAACCAAGUUUAUUCUCCGGAAACCUGUCUGAACUCAUUGAAAGGGGAGCAUCUCAAACGUUCGAUACCUGGGUGAAUAAAUACGGGGACGUCGUAGGGUUUUACAAUGGAGCUGAGCCGAUGCUGCUUGUCAAGGACCUGGAUUUGAUCAAGAAAAUUCAGAUCAAGGACUUUGGAAACUUCCACGGAAGAGGGGUCACAUCUGCUGUCAACAGACAACACCAAGUGAGCAAGUUCAAUCUCAUUAAUGUGGACGGAGAGCGAUGGAAGGACAUGCGGAGUCUCCUGACACCCGCCUUCACUUCGAGCAACAUGAAAAAAUGGACAAGCGCGGAACAAAAUGAUCCAUAA